AGACGCCGGGAGACUCGUAGGUUUACCAGUAGUGUACAUCAAAAAGAGAGCCAUAAUUGAUAAUUCAGCUUGCUCUUAGCCGUACGUGCUCCAUCGAUCCAUGGUGAGAUCCCCGUUUGCUCUCGCUCCGAUGGAGGGGAGGACGCUGGAGGAGGAGCAGGAGCGGCAGGAGGUGCUGCUGAUCCACAGCCAGGUGAGCCGGAUCAAGCGGGAGGACGAGGAGGCCCGGAGGCACCUCCUGAUGAAGCUGCAGCUCCUGGAGACGAGGCCUGCCGCCGGCGGCGUCCGCGGGCACGAGAGCUCGCCGCCGGCCUCCCGCUCGCUGUCGCCGCUCCGGCGCGCCGGGGAGGCGGUGCCCGUCGGCGACUGGGCCUAGCUAGCUGCCUUGUGUUGGCCGGCCGUUGUGUUGUAAAUACGUAUAGGAGAGCGAGCUACUUCGAUGCCUGUCCAUGUUCUCUGCGUGCAUGGAACCAGAGCUUAUUAGUCUUACACAUGCUGUGGUUCUGUAGAUUUCCAUCUCUUUACGACGUGUUGUGUUGUAGAUAUACAGAAGUUCUAUCAGUGGUUAUUACUUCUUCCCA